CACCUCCGGUCAAAUGUAUCUAUCCGAUUGCUUAAGAUGCACGAGUGCAGUUUUCUUGUGGUUGGUUCUGGAUCCUUACCGGCGUUUGGGUUUGUGUUGUUUCUGGAACGUUCCAUUAAGGCCCGUUUGCUGUCGAUGGCUAGAAAACAAGGAUGUGGUCGUUGCCGGCCAACUUGAUGUGUGGCGAUCUGGGCCGCUUGAACUCUGGAUUGUUCCAGAUGCGCGUUCUAAUUCGUACAGUUGUAGCGCCACUUUGUUUGUCUCCUUCUGCUUCCUAGCGAAAAAAAAUGCGUUGCGCUGUGUUUACCUCCUGGACUACGUGUUCUCUGUAUGGUUGAGGAGAAAGGAAGAAUUCAUCACGAGUGGUAGAGGUAAGCAAUGGACGCGAAAUUCCUGGCAUUUUUUCUUGGCAGUUUCUUUGCCAAGCCCUGAAUAAAUCGCUCCAUCGAGACCGUCACUCAGGUCACGCACACGCACUCUCCAUCCCCGUCCAUCGCAUUGCUCGUCUCGCCUCCCUUGCGCGAUCUGACACGAAAAUCUCGUCGCUGCCAGACGCCACCGUAGUUCCCAUGGCGAUCAGCAGCAGAGCAGCAGCAGCCUGUACCGCACUCAGCUUCCACAGCACCGCCGCCGCGGCGCCACCCUCGAGCGUCGCCGUGAACCGGAGAGCUCAGCAGCAGUGGCCGAGGAAGGCGAUGGCAGCCGUGGCGCGCGCGACCAGAGCCGGCGGCGCGGUGCUGGACCCGCCGGCCUUCGACCAGUCCCAGCUCGACACCCUCCCCCCAGCACAAGAAGGAGGAGACACGGGGAGGCUCAAGGACCGGAAGGCCACCGGCAGCGGCGACAGCUACAAGGUGCUGCUCCUAGACGACCCUCGCCACACCGAGAAGCAUGUGGAGACGGCGUUGCCGCAGGUGGUGCCGUCCGUGACGGCCGAGGCGGCGCGGCAGCUCUUCCACGAGUCCCGGCAGAAAGGCGCCGCGCUCGUCAUCGUCGCCGUCAAGGUAGUACUGGAGCAUGCCGAGUUCUACGCGCAGAUGAUGGUUCGCCACGGACUCCGAUCUGCCAUCGAGCCCGAAUCCGACAUGGCAACUUGAACUCUUUUUUUUUUUUUUUGGAAAAGGAUGGCAACUUAACCUACCGGUGCUUUGUAUUCAAACUUCGAGAGCAGCAGCUGGCCUUUUUGGUUUUCGGCGCUGGAUUUCGGGAUUUUGGAGCGCCGAGGAAUCUCAUCACAUGGUCGUAGUACCGGACCGGAGGCAAUUCCAUUGCUAGCUUAUUUUCGUAUACCAGCUACUAGUACUUUACUGGUGUGUGUAAGCUCUGAGCAUGUAUGUAAUCAUGUACUGUACUCUAGUAACAUUGAGUAAGCAUACAUACCCAUCCACUGGUUUUGUAGCG